AUGACUGGAGGUAAAUCUGGAGGCAAAGCCAGCGGCAGCAAGUCCUCGCAAUCUCGUUCAUCGAAAGCUGGUCUUGCGUUCCCAGUCGGCCGUGUCCAUCGUUUGUUGAGAAAGGGAAAUUACGCUCAGCGCGUUGGUGCUGGUGCUCCCGUUUACCUCGCUGCCGUCCUUGAAUACCUCGCUGCCGAAAUCCUCGAAUUGGCUGGAAAUGCCGCUCGUGAUAACAAGAAGACUCGAAUCAUCCCUCGCCAUCUCCAACUCGCCAUUCGAAACGAUGAGGAAUUGAACAAACUUCUCGGACACGUCACCAUUGCUCAAGGUGGUGUCCUACCCAAUAUCCAUCAAAGUAAGCCGAUCAUUUUCGCUUUCUGUUGCACUGAUAUUGACCUCAAGAUAGAUCUCCUACCGAAGAAGACGGCGAAGGGUGGCAAGCCUGCUUCUCAAGAGCUGUAG